GAAUCGGAWAUCGCCAGGAGACAUAAUUUCUCAAAUCUGAAACGAAAGCAAAAACUUUGCAYAUCGUGCCCACAAAGCCUGCUAACGGAACUUCUCAUCUACACUCCAAACACAUCCAAUACAAAAUAWUAAAUAAAAACAACAAAAUGGCUACUGCUGCUUCUCCCCCCGUUCCCCGCCCUCCAAUUAUCCUCCCAUCUAGAGGAGUUGCCCGCGUCAAAAGUGUUUUGAGUGGUGAUACCGUGGUUCUUCUUGGAAAGGCACCUGGUCCGAACGAAAAGUCUCCCGAAGUCGUCUUUACUCUUGAAAAUAUUAGCGCCCCGAGGUAUGUUUUAUAAAACUUUCGGAGCUUGCAGGAAACUUGAGAAUUUGCACUUCAGAAUUUGCACUUCAGAUCGGUGAUGGAUCGUCACAAAAGGGUUCUUGAURUUUCAUAACUUUUUCCGUUACCUACUUUCUCUCACCUUGCGACUUUUCUGCAUUGAUAAAUCACCACUAAAAAUCUGUUGCUUGAAUCGAAUCAAUCCGAAUUCGAAACGCGUGAUACAGAAUGGCAUCGAAAGGAAAUGCCAAUAAGGACGAACCAGGUGCUUUUCUAGGUCGAGAAUGGUUGCGAGCAUUAGUAGUUGGAAAAAUGGUAGCAUUCGAGACCCGGAAACAGGGUGCAUCCGCUGGUGAUCGCGUCUAUGGUUUGCUGAAUUUCACUCCUCCUGGAGCUGGUCCGGAUCAAACCGUAAGCGUCGCCUUGGAGGCGGUGCGAAACGGUUUUGCUACCCCSAGAAUGACUCCAUCAGAAUCAGAGGAAGAAGCACCUGCGGGAGGCCCCGAAGAGGAAUGGAAAAUGAGUUUGUGGCAAGCAUACGACGAAGCAAAACGAGCACAAGUUGGAAUUCACUCUGUGUUACCAUUGGUUCGAGAAAUUAAGAACGCAGGAGAUGCAUUCGAAUCACAAGCGCUAGUCGACAUGAGCAAAAAAGUUGGUCGUGAUGGAAAAAUCAAAUGCGUGAUUGAGUACAUUUUUGAUGGGAGUCGCUGCCGUGUUCAGGUCACCGAUCCUGCCAUGGGAGACCUGCAAUACGGAAGUUUCACACUUUUGUUGGGAGGUAUUACCAGUCCACGUGUAGGAAACCCACGUGCAGUCCCUCCUACCGAAUCCGAAGAAUUUGCCGAUCAAGCUCGAAACUUUUCUGAACUACGAAUUUUGCAACGCGAGUUGGAUUUAGUAUUGCACGGAACAGAUAAGUCAGGCGCAUGCAUAGUUGGAUCUAUUUUGCAUCCAAAGGGCAACAUCGCGGCUGAGCUUUUGAAGAAUGGGUUAGCUCACAUGUCGGAUUGGUCGCUUCGCAUGAUGCCCCCUGUGGACAUUCCAGAAUUGAGAUUGGCAGAAAGCAUUGCAAAGCAAAAGAAACUGAAAAUAUGGCAAUCUUAUGUAGCCCCUACACUCUCCGGUCCUUCCGAAAUCAGCGGAACUGUCAUCGAAGUUUUGACAGGAGACACCGUAAACAUUUUACCAGAGGGAGAAGUAUAUGACUCCGAAGACAAGCUAGUAAAAGUUUCUCUGGCAUCUAUCCGAGCACCACGAGUUGGAAACGAGCGUGUUGGACGCGCUAGUGARCCAUAUGCUGCUGCAUGCAAGGAUCGACUUCGAGUAAUGACCGUUGGUAAACAAUGUAAGGUUCAAGUACAUUACGAACGCGAAAUUCCUUUCGGGGCAAAUACAGAAUUACGACAAUUCGGUACCUUGUCCACGAAGACCAAACCGGACAUUGGCGAGGCAUUGAUUACGGAAGGUUACGCUACAACUCAAUAUCAUAGAGAUAACGAAGAAACUUCGCCUAGAUAUGAUGAUUUACGUGCCGCAGAAAACGUUUCGAAGGCAAGUAAGCGAGGCAUGCAUUCAGGCAAAGCCGUCAAAACCACAUCCGUCAAUGAUCUUUCCACUCCCCAGAAGGCGAUGGCAUAUUCUGGAUCAUUGAUGCGAGCAGGAAAAAUGAAGGCGGUCGUUGAAUAUUGUUUCAAUGGCUCUCGAUUCAAGAUGUUGAUCCCCUCUGAAAAUUGCUACGUCAUGUUUGCACCGAAUGCGAUCAGAGUUCCACAACCAUCACCUCCAGCUGGMAACGCACGUCAGAUGAGACCAGCCGAACCAUUUGGUGAUGAAUCGAAGCGCCAUGCUCGACUCACAGUUCUUCAGAGAAAUGUUGAGAUCACAUGCACAGAUGUUACAAAAGGUGGCGUUAUUGUUGGUUCGAUGUUUGUCGGAACAGGCGCAAACAAAAAAGAUUACAGUGUGGAAUUAGUCACUCUUGGAUUGGCCACGGUGGAUCAAAGAAAGAUCGAUUACGGCGAAGCCCCAGCAGAACUUGUUGAUGCUCAAACCGCGGCACAAGCGAAGAAGAUUGGAAUCUGGUCGAUUGCUCAACCUGUGAAAGAAGAAGCUCCUAAGCCCGAAGAAAAGGCCGAAAAUGAACUUUUGUCCGUCAGAAUUAGCGAAAUUCGUAGCGGAACCCAUUUCUUCUGCCAUGUCAACAACAACGAAUCCGCAAAAACAAUUGACGAUAGCAUGAAACUUUUCACAACCAACAAUGGAACMGAYGSUGCUCCUUGYGAAGUWAAGGUGAACAGGGUWGUUGCAGCUCUAUUCGAUGAUGGAAGUGGAAAAAGUUGGUACCGAGCAAAGAUUGUGGAAAAACAAGAUUCUGGCACCAAGGCAGUUGUACUCUUUUUGGAUCACGGAAAUAUUGCAACYGUUCCGGUUGCAACGCAUCUCCGUCCUCUUGAUCCAAGCCUCGGGACCGACCAAAUCCCACCAGCUGCAAAAGAAGCCGUUCUUGCAUUGACUCUCUCCCGUCCUAUUUCCGAUGAUUUUGGAUUAGACUGUGCCCGAAUGCUUCAAUCGUUGUGCUGGGGUAAGGAUCUCAAAAUUUCUACCACCGGACGUGAUGAGAACGGCAAGAUGGCUGUGAUAAUCACUACGGAUUCUGGUGAGAGUAUUAACGAACAGCUUGUUGCUGCUGGUUUGGCACGAGCCGCAAAACCKUUUGCUGCGAAGGCAUUGGCUGCAAACAUGGUGGAUGGAUCUGCUGUCAUCAAGCUAGCUAAGGAUCUAAGUGCAGCACAAGAAUCAGCUCGCAAUUCGCGUGUGGGCAUGUGGCGUUAUGGUGACAUCGGAGAUGAAGAUGACGAAGAAGGAUUUUAAGUUCAAUCAUCUUCCARCUCAUUAACUCUAUCCAUUAAGUAAUUGAUAAUCGCACUACUAGGAUUAAAAAUACGAUGAUAUGUUCGACCUUUGGGUUUCAUAAGAAUUGGAAUUAUUUGUUACACUCAAAGCGAGAAAURAUUAUAGGAUUCUGAGCUGAUCACAAUACCGCCAAAGGAGGACUGGGGAGAUCAAGUCACUCACUUCGUGCACGAAGUUACCUUCUACGUUAUAUGAUUGGACGAUUUUUGCUUKGGGACCGAUCACAAUGUCACCUGGACCAUCAAAUUGAUAUCAAUGAAUAAAAAAAGAAAUGACACAAAUUGGAACAAAAUAAGAUUCCAUGCCGUGSCAUCUACAACUUUACGUAUUCAAUCAUACAUCUUUUGAAACGUACCAUCUUCUUUUGCUCCAAAUCCCAAAAAUCCGCCCGAUUUGCUUCGUCCGACGGGGACCUCUCCACUWAGUGUUUUGAAACCAGAAAUCAUCGUGUUCGGCUUACUCCCAUCCKUUGGUAUACCUUUGCUCCAGUCCUCUGUCCGAAGAGUCAUAGCAUCGAUUGAUUCCCCAGAAAUAAUGUGAUACGCUCCGAUUUUCUCUCGGAUCUCAAGAUUUCUCGGAUCAUCGAUCUGAUUCCUCUUCUUUUCGCCCAGGCCUUCAAAGGCAGCCGCAUUCGGAACAAAGACAGUGACGGGCC